AUGCGUAGUAAGCACCCUGCAAGCGCGCCGUCUCCUCUACCUAACGUCCAGGUUACCAACUAUGGGCGCAUCAACUUGCCCGGUGACGACAUCCGGGUAGACAUGGCGAAAGAGAAGCGCCAACCGGCGGGGUGCUCCAACGCCGGCUCUGGCGCAAGUUGUGACGAGGAAGAGGGCGACGAAGACGCUGUCGACGAACAUCAUGGCGACGAGGAUGAAGAGGACUGGCCGGAAAACGGCCACGGCGACAGCGAAUCUGGUGACGAGGUGCCUGCCGGAGGCAUUGACGAUGACGACUGGUGGAUGCAGCCGAUAGGCUCCGGCGACGAUGUGGAGGAGUGGCGCGCCGGCGACGAUGACGACGACGGAGGCGCGGAUGCGGUUGCUGAUGCGGCGGCGGAUGCGACGGUAGAAGCUCAAGCGGCGGCGGCUGCGGAUGUGCCUGCGGGGGCGAUGCGUGAUUCGGUUGCGGAUGCGGAUGCACCAGAGAAUGCGGAUGCGGAGGCGGAUGCAGACGACGAAGCGGGAUCGGAGGCGGAGGCGGAUGCAGAUGCAAAUACGGCUGCUGUUGUGGUGGCAGAGGCGGGUGAUGGCCGUGAUGCUGUCUUCUUCGAAGGCGAGGACGACGCGGACGACCCAUGGCGCGUCUCGUCAGAUGAUGACGUGCCUCUGUUGAAGAGGCGGCUGCAUCACCGCCUAGGCGUGUCCCGGAAAAAAACCCGGGUGGUGCUCUCGGACGACGACAGCCCAGAUGAGGAGCGGCGACCCCGCGUCCCUGCUGCUGAAAAGGGGAAGGCUAAGGUGGUGGCGGUUCCUGCUAAGGUCGCCCCUCGCGUCGGCCAGAGCAAGAAGAAGCGGAAGGACGAUGGCGACCCGGGUUCAAGCAAAGGCGCGAAGAGGCAGAAGAAGGCUGUCAAGAACAAAGACGACAUCUUGGUCAACGAGGCGCAGGGCAGUGACGACGACUACGCGGAGGCUGCAGGCCCCAUGCCUUCAUUCCCUGAGAAGGCGAAGCCAAAAGACCACACCAUCUGGAACCUGAGGAGACCCCCGCAUCCCAUGGUGCUGCAGUGGAUAGCGGAGGUGUGGGAUCAAGUCCCUAGGCAGGUGAUCAUUGACGCGUUCCGUCACUGCGGCAUCUCAAGCAAGCUGGAUAGGACCGAGAACCAUCUGGUGAUGUCCCACCUGCGCGCGAGGAGCACCACCGAUGUCAGCAAAGACAUGUGCCUCGGGGGCACCACGGGCGACAACACGCGCCUGCUUGGGAAGGCUCCCGAGGAGGAGGAGGAGGAGGAGGAGGAGGAGGAGGAGGAGGAGGAGGAGGAGGAGGAGGAGGAGGAGGAGGAGGAGGAGGAGGAGGAGGAGGAGAUGCAGGCGGAGGGCGUGAGGGAGGUGGCCGUGGUCACCGGCCUGGAGGUGCUGUACCAGGAGACCCCUCACUACCGGGGAGCGGCGGCCGAGGCUGACCGCAUGAUCGAGCCCGUGCAGACAGCCAGGCACGCCUACCGAGUGCCAGACUUGGGGAUGCAGGAGCCAGCAUCUGCUAGUGCAGAUGAGGAGGGCGUAACCAAGGGGGGCUAG